ACGUAUAACUAAAGUGAUAUGUGUAGUUGUAAUGAUGCAGUUGAUGUGUGCUUUGGUGACCGCAGUUGAAUAUAAUGAAACCAGUGAGGGUUAUGCACAAAACUUCAUGCCUUUUUGUCCUGGUGUAGGAAAGCCGGCUGAGAUAAAACCAGAACAUUUGAGCAAAUUAAAAAUCGCAGUAUUAGCCGACGGUUCACUUUUAUUCUCCAAAUGGACAUCUUAUAACUACCGCAACAUAAAAACCCUGGCCAUGGACCCUAAUAUUGACUUCAGACGAAAGACUAUCGUGUAUUGUCCUGGAUACACGGAACAUACCAGGUUACCGGUUGGAAGGUUUUUAAUGCUGCAGUAUAAGAGAUUAGGAUACAAUGUGUUAAUUAUAGAAUAUAUAGACUUCACCACAAACAUAUUCCCCGUUGUUCCACGCGUGCUGCGUCCUGUCGGCAAGCAUAUUGCCGAAAUGCUAGCCAACCUGACUACGGUCGGUCUCCAACCAAAAAAACUGGAGCUGCUAGGUCUCAGCCUGGGAGGUGUGUCCAUGACCUUCAUAGCCAAGAGUUUCCAACAAAUUACUGGUAGAAACAUCUCAAAGCUCACCGCUCUCGACCCUACUGGACCCUGCGUCAGACACCUUGGACCAGAGGGUAGGUUAGACCCCUCCGAUGCAGAUUUUGUCCUACAAGUUGCAACGAACAUCGGAGGAUAUGGCUUAGGCACUCCGGUCGGACACGUAUCAGUCUAUGUAAACGGAGGGGAGUACCAGCCUGGCGCCUUUCCGUCGUAUUUAUGUGACAACUUAUGCAGUCACAUGCAAGCGUUUUUGAUAUGGAUAUCGGUCAUGGAAAAUCCUGGCAAAUUCGUCAUGAUGCUAUGUGAUUCUCAACAGCAGGCGAGGGACCACAACUGUUUUGAGAGGAAGCCAAUGGUAACGAACACUCUGGAUCUAUAUACGGAUAAAAGCAAGCCGGGUAUUUAUUACUUGGCAACAAGUUCUAAAUACCCGUAUUAUUUGGGUAAAAAAGGCUUGAAAAGGAGUGGGUCGGAAGCUUUGAAUCACAUAAGUGAUCUUAAUGCUGUUGACGUUCUGCGGGUUUAAAGAUACCCACAGGA